AUGACAGCAGACUCAGAAACACCUCUUGCUCAUCCUCCACAAACUGCUGAUGAAGAGAUUGUCAAAGAGGACCAGCACAUUGUAUUGUCCCAACCAUUAUCCUCACUCACUUUAGAAACAUACAAAGAUCAAUACAUUCAAAUCAUCUCAGAAGCAGCCUCCUCUCUCUUUGAACAAUUCAAGGACACCAUCCUCCGAGUUGUAGGAACCGUUCCCAAACAAAAAACCAAAUUCAAAUUUUGGUAUGGCAACUAUGGAGGUCCUUUCACUUGGACAGAUAAAGGUGAUCCAUUGGAUGAUUUAGAUUUGGCAUGUCUACUGCACGAUAAAUUACUUCCAUUGAAUGCUUUGCGGCAAUUAACAAAAUUAAUGAGGCAGUUUUAUGGAGAUGAAAUGAGUAAACAAGCUCAGGCCUACACCCGAAAGAUUGAGGGAAAAGCAUUUGGAAUUAUUGAACCUACAUAUAUGAAACUCUUUGGAAAGAUGUAG